AUGAAUCACCUUGGGACGUUGCACAACUUAAUCUGCUCCGGCGAGCUGCGUGCCUACCUUAGUUGGGGGUACAAGUCAGCCACGGAUGAGAACAACAUCUUCAAGUGCUUCUUUAAAGCGGAUGACGAGAAGCCGUUAGCUCCUAGAGCUCGUCGAGGCUAUCGCCGAUCGCCUAGAUCUCUUACUACUCUAAAAGCUUUAGGUUAUCGACUUCGACGGCAGACCCUACGCGUCGCGUACGGCCCGGCCGAUAUCGAGGAUAGUCUUAGUAAUACCGAUAUACGCGUCGAUAAGCCCGACUACCGCGAUGCCUUCUACGCCCGAUAUUAUUUUCCCGCGAGGAAGUGGUGGAGUGAGGGAAUUCAUGCAGUACCAACGGGACUCGGUUGGGACCACCAGCACAACAUUUCGUUGAAUUUUUGUCACAACAUGCUGCGCCUUCGCUCCAAAAACUUCGUUAAGACCGUAGAGUUUGUCAUUGGUAAGGUCACAGUGUAUCGGAAAUGA